AUGAGCAGCGAGGCGCCAGCAGCAGAGGAAACCGGUGUCUCCGCGACAGAGUCCGUCAAAGCGUUCAUUGCGGGAGGCUUCGGUGGUGUCUGUGCGGUUCUCGUUGGUCAUCCAUUCGAUCUGACGAAGACGAGGCUGCAAACUGCUGCUCCUGGAGCAUACAAGGGCGCCGUUGAUGUCGUGAAGAAGACCGUGGCGCAGGAUGGCAUCACUGGGUUGUAUCGGGGGAUGGUGCCUCCCCUGCUGGGAGUGACGCCCAUCUUCGCCGUCUCAUUCUGGGCAUAUGACGCCUCGAAGCAGUUGAUCUAUGCCUUCACGCCCAAUAGAACCUCGCAGGCUCUCUCAAUUCCCGAGCUUGCCACGGCAGGCUUCCUCUCCGCUGUCCCGACAACGUUGAUCACUGCCCCCGUGGAACGUGCAAAGGUGCUACUACAGGUCCAAGGCCAGGCGGGCUCUGAGACAAAAUAUAAGGGUGUCACCGAUGUACUGAAGCAUCUGUACAAAGAGGGUGGCGUGAGGAGUAUUUUCCGGGGCACCGGUGCGACAUUAGCUCGAGACGGUCCUGGAAGCGCUGCAUACUUUGCCGCGUAUGAAGUCACGAAGAAAGCACUGACACCGGCUGGUUCCUCGCCCUCUGAUCUCAAUUUGGGUGCUAUUAUCGUCGCAGGAGGCACUGCGGGUGUAGCGAUGUGGAGUUUGGCCAUCCCUCCUGACGUCAUUAAAUCGAGACUACAAUCUGCGCCUUCAGGAACAUACUCUGGGAUGCUCGACUGUGUGCGCAAAACAAUUGCUCAGGAUGGCGUUCGUGCCCUGUGGAAAGGUUUCGGACCUGCUAUGGCCCGGGCUUUCCCUGCAAACGCUGCCACAUUCCUCGGUGUGGAGGCUUCAAGAAACUUCAUGGAUAAAUUAUUCUAG